CUCUAGGAAGAAAUUAAAGCGUCCUCCACCUAAGCAACCGCUAUUAAAGCAUGUCACUGCCCUGCAAAAAGGGGACAGAGAGUUAGAUUCCUUCUACCAAAAAAUGAAGCGAAAUUAGAUCAACUAUGGCUAACUCAGUUCCUCAAAACAACUCAGCCCGAUUCUCACAAACUAUUUUCACCAUUAUCCUAAAGGGUCAUUGGAACACUCUUUUGAAACCCAAAAUUUGCACCCAAUUAACCUCGGCUACCAUUAACUACUUCCUUUACAAGCUCUCCCUUUUCUGUUCCAGUCCUUCUCUUUCGUGGUCUUUCUUUAAAUGGAUCGAAAUUUCUAUUCCAAAUUACAACCACUCUCUGCAAUCCACGUGGACAAUGGUCCAUAUUCUUACAAAACACAAACAUUUCAAGACAGCACAUAACUUGCUCGGAAAAAUUUCAAACAAAGAUUUCUUGUCAUCAAAUUCUGUUUUGAAUGCUUUGGUGAGUACCCAUUCGGACUUUGAAGUGAAUUCUCAUGUUUUGAGUUGGCUGGUGAUAUCUUAUGGGAAAUUGAGAAUGACCCAAGAUGCUUUACAGGUUUUUGAGGCUAUGAGACUUCAUGGUUUAAAGCCUCAUUUACACGCUUGUACUGUGCUAUUGAAUUGUUUAGUUAAAGAAAAAUUGAUUGAUAAUGUGUGGAAAGUUUAUAAGAAAAUGGUUAGACUUGGGGUGGUUGCGAAUUUACAUGUUUACAAUGUGCUGGUUCAUGCUUGUUGCACGGGUGGUGAUGUCGAGAAGGCAGAAAAGGUGCUGAGUGAGAUGGAAUUGAAGAGUGUUUUUCCUGAUCGUUUCACGUAUAAUACGUUGAUUGCGUUGUAUUGUAAGAAAGGAAUGCAUUAUGAAGCUUUGUGCGUGCAAGAUAGAAUGGAAAGAGCGGGGAUUAGUCCGGAUAUUAUAACCUAUAAUUCACUUAUUUAUGGAUUUUGUAGAGAAGGUAGAAUGAGAGAGGCUGUGGGGCUUUUUAAGGAAAUUAAAGGUGUAAGUCCUAACCAUGUGACUUAUACUACUUUGAUUGAUGGUUAUUGUAGAGUGAAUGAUCUAGGGGAAGCUUUAAGAGUGCGUGAUAUGAUGGAGGCUAAGGGGAUUUAUCCUGGAGUUGUUACUUAUAAUUCAAUUAUCCGUAAGUUGUGUGAAGAAGGUGAAAUAAGGGAAGCAAAUCGGGUGUUGAAUGAGAUGAGUGAAAAGAAAGUUGAACCUGAUAAUGUCACUUGUAACACAUUGAUCAAUGCUUAUUGCAAGAUUGGAGAUAUGGGGUCUGCUAUGAAAGUGAAGAACAAGAUGGUGGAGGCUGGAUUGAAGUUGGAUCAAUUUACAUUUAGGGCAUUGAUCCAUGGAGUUUGCAGGGUGCGUGAAAUGGACAGUGCUAUAGAGUUCUUGUUCAACAUGCUUGAUGCAGGGUUUUCUCCAAAUUAUUCCACCUACUCCUGGCUUGUUGAUGGAUACUGCAACCAAGGCAAUGAAGAAGAAGUUAUGAAGCUCCCAGAUGAAAUUUUGAAAAGAGGCCUUUGUAUUGAUGUCUCGGUGUAUAGGGCACUCAUAAGGAGGUUUUGUAAGCUAGAAAGGGUUGAUUGUGCACAAAGAAUAUUCACUCUUAUGCUAGGAAAAGGUAUAUCAGGAGACAGUGUAAUAUACACUAGCCUGGCCUAUGCUUACUGGAAAAUGGGGAAGGUGAAUGCUGCUUCAGAUGUGUUAAACGAAAUGUAUAAGAGAAGGUUGAUGAUAACUCUCAAAAUCUAUCGAUGUUUCAAUGCUUCAUAUGCUGGUGAUAAUAGCAUUUUAGGGUUCUUUUGGAACCAUGUGGUUGAGAGGGGAUUAAUGUCUAAGAGUAUACUGAAGGAUAUCGAGCAGAGGAAGUUACAAUCGUAAACUGACCUUUCAGAUGUCUUUUCAGUUACAUACGUUAUUUGUGAUGCUUUAGAGCAUCCUGGUUACAAUGAGACGCAUCUCAAAUAGCUUUCCAUGUGGCUCUACAGAUGUUAAGAAAUGAACUGGUUUAAGUAUAAAUUUCUUUAAAAUUUAGAAAUGUGACGCACCAAAUCCCGGUUUCUACUGCUUGAUAGUAACUUUUUUUCUUGCAUACUUAAAUAGUUAUGUGAGCAUGAUUAUAUUGUGUGAUAUACGCUAUAGACAAUCAUAUUGAUAUGUUUUUGGUGUUUGCUUUAGGAGAAGGCUAGUAAAUGGUGGACAGGACUGUCAAUCGUACUCAAAUCUGCCUGGGCAUAAAUGCAACUAUGCAAGAGGCAUACAUAUUGACCAAGAAUUAUACAAUGACUUUUACUGUUACAACAUAUUAAGCACAAUUGCAUAGAGAAUACCAUUUCUAUUUUGUGUCUUGAAUAUGAAAAGACAACGACUCAAGGAUAUUGUUAUUUUCAGGGAUGUCUUGGGAAUAAAACAUCUAAAAGUAAAGAAAAUAGUAUUUUUGGCAUUCUCAAACUGAAUUGCAGAAGGAUUUUCACUGUGGACAUAUUGAGUUCGUAAAGCAGGAAGUUCGAAUACAGCAGAAGGCUUAUUGAAGGGUAGGACGGCCACUGAGUAUUAGACGGAUUCUUGUUCUUUGGUGGAUUUGCUUUUGAUUCUAUCAGUGGAUGAGUUAUUCCAUGCUGAUAAACUUGUUUGCAGUGGUUGUCAAAAAUCUCAUGGAAGGCAAAAAUAGUUAGGACAGGGAGGAGCAUGAUUGCAGUUGAAAGGGGUGAUGGAAAGCAUUAUGUGGAACAAAAUCUAAUGUGGUUAAAAGGUGUGUACAGAAGGAGUUACUGACUCUUUAGGGGGUCUUAUUUAGUAGCUGAUCUCUAUAACUUGAGACCUUUUGCUGAUGAGCCCUGGGUUGCUAGACUGUCUUGUAGAUUUGUUCUUACCUCAUUUAACUAAUGUUAUAUUAUUCUGAGUAUGCUGGCAUAUGCUUAGCCUGAUGUCUUAGCUUCUAAUGUUAUUUCUGCUAUAUUCUUCUACAGUUUCAUGAGAAUAUAUUGGUAGGUUGGUUCCUUCUCCACUACCUUUCUCAUCUUCAUGUUCUCUAUUUUUCUUGUUCACUUCUGUUUCUCUUCCUUGUAACACUUGGGUUCGAAGUCCCAGCCUCAUGUUUGCAAUACUGCAUUAUUUUAA